GCAAUCACAUGUGCCUGGGAGCCGCCAUCUUUAAAUGAAGAAAAUAGAAUUCCGGGCAAGCUAAUGCAAAUAAGCAAAUAUGCCGAAGAAACAGCAAAGGAACGGAUUUUAUUUUUACAUGCAGGAUCUGAUGCCAGAACUACGAAGAGAGGGUAGAGUUUUUCCAAAUGGAAUGGCGGACGUGGUGCCUGUUGCUCACCCUCGAUGGAAGAUGCUUUCAGAGCAAGAUAAAGCGAGGUAUGAACAGAUGGCUAAGGAAUGGAAAGCCAAGAUGCGUGGUGCAGAGGGAGACAAAUACAGAGUUGAUAAUGUGGGGAACCUCCUCAGUGAAAGAAAAGAUGAAAAGAAAGAAUAUGAUAUAGACAGGAUGAGGGAAAGAAAACAAGUGAGAACCAAAUGGCCUGCUGGGCAAGGUGUAAUCCAUGAAAAGUUCUACUUCAUCAGUUUCCAGUACCUGUGUGAGACGGAAGAAGGAUAUUUUAUUCCAGUGGAAGUAGGAUUGAUAGAGUACAGUCUGAACAAUGGCAUUACCAAACAUCUACACAGGAUGAUAGAACCAGGUCCUAUUCCCACAGGAUACAGAUAUACAUGCCAAAAUCACAGUGAUGAAACACAUCAAAUUCCAAUAGAAAGGUUUGAAUAUGCAGACAAAAACUACAUGGGUCUAUGGAUUCAGAUGGAAAACUUCUUAAAUCCCAACCAAGAGAAAAAAGAAUCUCCACCUUUAUAUUGUCAGAAAGCUGAAUGGAAAUGUGUGAACAGUUGUUUGGAAUGGCUCCAUGCACAUGCAUGUCUUGGAUAUGCGAACAGGCUACGAAAAGUCUACGAGCUGGACGGAUUAGUACAGGAUCUCUACGCACAUUCAUCUGCCUCCACUGCUAUCGGGGAAUGCACUGAUCUUAUCACUACAUCUGCUUAUGACUAUGAGAUUAACACAAGGUGUGAUUACCAUGAAGAUAAGGAGGUCAAGCACUGUGCUCUGGCUACUGUUCGCAGAUUUGCAUACGCUCUCUCAGAUUCCUUAUCAGAAAUCUAUGACUUUGAGAUUACUGCGCAGCACCUACCAGUCCGCCCAGAUGAUCAGCCAGCCUACACCUUGAUAGAGCCUGCGUCUAUUAAGAUCGCCCCACUGCCCGCGGGGAGGAACAGAAGUAACCAGUCCCCAUCCAGGGGUAGUCCAAGCAGGGGGAGAGGACAGGCCAACACCAGCAAUAAUGGCAGUUUUCCAGCCAGGGAUUUUAGACUGAAUCAAAAUGAAGCAGGUUCUCAGCUUCAGCACCAGCAGUACGUGGAGCCAUCUCAGACAAUACGUAGACCAAAUGUGCCAGGGGUGGCAGCACAGUCAACCUUCCCACCAGCUCCAAGACAAGCCCCAUGGGCAGCCAAACCAGUUGUAAACCAGGGUCAAGCUUUGUCGCAGUUAGGGGCAGGAGCUCCCCGAGCUGCUGCACCUGCACCUCAUCCUCUCCAACAGAUGUCAGCACCAGCUCCAUGGGCUCAGAAAGCUGCUGGGCUGCCAAGAGGGGCCCAAAACACGUCUGGAACUGCUUUGCCUCCUAGAAAUCCAUCUUUCCAUGGAGAUUUGCAAGAUGCCGAGGAGUUUCCUAGCCUUGGAGGCCCCGCUUCCAAAGCAGUGCCAGCACAAGCCCCAAAGUUUGCUGGGAGAGGGUCUGCAGCGCCACCUGCCCAAGCUGCUCCCAAACCACCAGUUUCCUGGAGUUCACAAGUGCAAUAUCCAAGUGCCAAUACUCUGUCAACAGUUGCUCCACUCCAAACAACUGUGUCAUCAGGUGCUCAGGGAGUUGCCAUGCCCAGACCAGCUUGGGGAGCAGGGUCUCAGGCAGGGUCUCCUGGCAGGGGCCAAGCAAGAGGAAGGGGUAUAUACAACCCUGGGGCAACCAGGCCACCCCCCGGGUUUGCCAACCCCCCUGUAGGGCGUGGUGCCCCCUGUGCCAUGGUGGGACGUGGUUAUGCCAUUCCCCCAGGAAUGGGGCGUGGCUUACUUGGUCAGCCAUCACAGGCAAUCCGGCUGUCCGGCCCAGUUACUCAGAACGAUGUCAGUGCAGGUAUAGCUAGUCUGGAUCUGGAAGCCGACGAGAACUGGGGAUAGAAACGGCCUUGACCUCAGCCCACAGCUGCAAGACCUGACUGACACUUUGGUAUGGUGUCUGCAACACUUCCCAGAGAUUUUGUAUCUCUUACCAAAGAGAUUUUUAUCAUUUGUCUUUUAAUUGUAGUUGUCACUGUUGUUAUUAAGGACCUUUUGUCUCCGAGAGGUUGAGACGUAUGAAGUGUUCCAGUAUUCUUUUAGUGUAGCAGAAAUAUGUAUCUUUUUCUCUUCAUCAUCCUUGAAUGCUAGAAUUUUAACACCGUUAAGGCAUCAAUUCAUUUGUAGGUUUUAAAAAGGAAAAAUUAAUAUUGCUUUAAUUGUUGUAAGGAUGGUAUUUUUAUGUUGAAGGACUGUUACAGUUUCUUUGAAUAUCCCCAAAACCUGCGUCUUUAAACUUCUUCCCCAAAUUUCCCAGUUCUUUGAAAUGUGAAUUAACACAUAGUCCAGUUUUACUCUGAAAGGGGUGUGCUUUCUCAUAUAAAGAAGGGUUUUUAAAUAAAUGUUGGAAAUAAAAGGCGCACUUACUAGGUUUCAGACUUAAAAAAGCAUAAGAAUUGAUCCAGAAUGCAACUUGCUUUCCUCUCAACUUGGGAAAAUUUCAUGUACCACGUGUACCAAUUUUUUUUGUAAGUUUUUAUUUGAGAGGUUUCUCCACAAACUAUAUAAGCAUUUCUUGGUGGAUGAAGUGAACUUUGUCAUUUUUAUUACACAAUUCAGUUCUUGGAAAAUACUGCAAGAGGAUAACGUGACUGUACUUAAACUUGUACAUCUUCACCACUUUUAUAAUCCUGAAACCUUACUUCGGUGUCAGACUUUAAGUUAAUGAAAAAUUUAUAUAUAUAUUUUUUGUUAUAACAUUUGGUGUUUCUACUAUUAUAAGUGCAGUAAAUACCAUAACUUGCUGUAGCCAAUAUAUAUGUAUAUUGUAUUUUUCUCAUUCGAAUGUUUUAAUGCACAGUGCAGUUCAAAUGAAAAUGCAACAAAAGUUUCACAAUAAGUUCUCUUUUUAUUAGACCAUUAAUUUGCACCUGUUGGCUGGUAAGGUAAAAGUUGUUAAAAUGAAUAAAUAUAUUUUAUUAUAAAUCUUA